AAGGCUCUCCUCUCCGGCAGCGAGAGGUCCUGCCCAGCUGUUGGCGAGUAGUUUCCUGUUUCCCCCGCAGCGCCCGGGUGAAGUUGAGUGAGUCACUCGCCGCACCGACCGACGACUCCUCAGUGCGCGCACACGCCCGGGGCAGGAGCCGGCCUCCUGCGCAACUCCCCUCGGCCACCGGGGGCCUCCCCGCGCCCCGCCAGCCUUCAGGCCCCCUCCUCGCUCGCUCGCGGGCGCCACAUCUGGCCCGCACAUUAGCCCGGCCGGCAGGGCGCGGGGUCCGGAGAGGUCGCCGCGCGGAGGCGCAGCCAGGGGUCGAGGGAGGCGCCGUCCGCUGCGCUCGGGGCUCGGUCUAUGACGAGCAGCGGGGUCUGCCAUGGGUCGGGGACUGCUCCGGGGCCUGUGGCCGCUGCAUAUCGUCCUGUGGACGCGCAUCGCCAGCACGAUCCCGCCGCACGUUCAGAAGUCGGAUGUGGAAAUGGAGGUCCAGAGAAAUGAAACCAUCUGCCCAAGCUGUAAUAGGACCAUCCAUCCACUGAGACAUUUUAACAAUGACAUGAUGGUCACUGACAACAAUGGUGCAGUCAGGUUGCGGCAACUGUGUAAAUUCUGUGAUGUGAGAUCUUCCACCUGUACCAACCAGAAGUCCUGCAUGAGUAACUGCAGCAUCACAUCCAUCUGUGAGAAACCACACGAGGUCUGCGUGGCUGUAUGGAGAAAGAACGAUGAGAACAUAACCCUAGAGACGGUUUGCCAUGACCCUGCAGUUGUCUACCAUGGAUUUUUUCUGGACGAUGCUGCUUCUUCAAAGUGUAUUAUGAAGGAAAAGAAAAAGUCUGGUGAGACCUUCUUUAUGUGUUCCUGCAGCUCUGAGGAGUGCAAUGACCACAUCAUUUUCUCGGAAGAAAAUAAUAGCAGCCCUGACUUGUUGUUAGUUAUAUUCCAAGUGACGGGCGUCAGCCUCCUUCCACCUCUGGGAAUCGCCAUAGCCGUGAUCAUCACGUUCUACUGCUACCGCGUUCACCGGCAGCAGAAGCUGAGCCCAUCCUGGGAGACUAGCAAGCCACGGAAGCUUAUGGAGUUCAGCGAGCACUGUGCCAUCAUUCUGGAGGACGACCGCUCCGACAUCAGCUCCACGUGCGCCAACAACAUUAACCACAACACGGAGCUCCUGCCCAUUGAGCUGGACAUCCUAGUGGGGAAGGGCCGCUUUGCUGAGGUCUACAAGGCCAAGCUGAAGCAGAACACUUCAGAGCAGUUCGAGACCGUGGCGGUCAAGAUCUUCCCCUACGAGGAGUAUGCCUCCUGGAAGACAGAAAAGGACAUCUUUUCAGACAUCAACCUGAAGCAUGAGAACAUACUCCAGUUCCUGACUGCCGAGGAGCGGAAGACGGAGAUGGGGAAGCAGUACUGGCUGAUCACUGCCUUCCACACCAAGGGCAACCUACAGGAGUAUCUUACACGGCAUGUCAUCAGCUGGGAGGACCUGCGCAAGCUGGGCAGCUCCCUCGCCCGGGGCAUUGCUCACCUGCACAGUGACCACACCCCAUGCGGGAGGCCCAAGAUGCCCAUCGUGCACAGGGAUCUCAAGAGCUCCAAUAUCCUCGUGAAGAACGACCUGACCUGCUGCCUGUGUGACUUUGGGCUUUCUCUGCGCCUGGACCCCACUCUUUCUGUGGAUGACCUAGCCAACAGUGGGCAGGUGGGAACAGCAAGAUACAUGGCGCCAGAAGUCCUAGAAUCCAGGAUGAAUUUGGAGAACGUUGAGUCUUUCAAGCAGACCGAUGUUUACUCCAUGGCUUUGGUCCUCUGGGAAAUGACGUCUCGCUGUAAUGCAGUGGGAGAAGUAAAAGACUACGAGCCUCCAUUUGGUUCCAAGGUGCGGGAGCAUCCCUGUGUCGAAAGCAUGAAGGACAAUGUGUUGAGGGAUCGAGGACGACCAGAAAUUCCCAGCUCCUGGCUCAACCACCAAGGCAUCCAGAUGGUGUGUGAGACCCUCACCGAGUGCUGGGACCAUGACCCGGAGGCCCGGCUCACAGCCCAGUGUGUGGCGGAACGCUUCAGUGAGCUGGAGUACCUGGACAGACUCUCGGGGAGGAGCUGCUCCGAGGAGAAGAUUCCAGAAGAUGGCUCACUGAACACUACCAAAUAGUUUUUCCAGGGCAGGCUGGGCCAAGUCCAUAGAGGCCACCCCUCUCGCCAAAGAACAGAGGCAGCAGGAAGCUGCCCCUGAACUGAUGCUUCCUGGAAAACCAGGGGGUCACUCCCUCCCCGUGGGCUUUGCGGAUGAGCAGAAACAGCAGCAGCAGGGAAGGGGUGACAAAAAGCAUUCUAUGCCUUUGACAUUGUCAUAGGAUAAGCUGAGUUAGCACUUCCUCAGGAAAUGAGAUUGAUUUUUACAAUAGCCAAUAACAUUUGCACUUUAUUAAUGCCUGUAUAUAAAUAAGGAAUAGCUAUGUUUUAUAUAUAUCUAUAUAUGUCUAUAUCUAUGUAUACAGCCAUACUCUGAAAAGAGGCAAGGAAAAAGAACACAUAUUCCCAGGAAAUUGGUUUAAAAGGAAAGCUCCAGAACGGAGCAGAGAAGGAAGGGAUCCGUGACAGCAUUAGCACUUGACAAUCAUACGCGCAAGGGGAGGUGGGGGGAGCUUGGCAUUAGGGAGACAGGCUCCACGUCUCAGAGCCUGCUAUUGGCAUGUUGUAUUCGCUUUUGCAAAAUAUUAAUUCCUCCAAGUGGGCUCUCUCCUAUCUAUGUUGCUAAAUACAGUCACACUGCUUGGGAACCAGUGUUCCUGGGGUUCCUAUGUGCAGUUGCUUCUCAUGGACUUUUCACUUUUCAAACCCCAUAUGAGGUUUGUGAACCAUGUCCUUCAAUCUAGCUCAGAAACUCUGCCCCAUCUCUAAUAGUGUUAACAGUUUAAGGAGUCACCUUUUACUACACAGGCCAUAGAAAAAUCAGAAGAACAAAUUUCCCAACCCAUGAAAUUAGAUAGAUGUCUUGUAUUUGCCACACCUUCAACUAAUGGAAGAAGGUUCUUUGUUUCAUUUGCCCACCUGUACUGUAUUACUAUUCUCCAGUCUUUUUCUAAAAGGGCCUCUCACGUUUUUCUAAAAGGGUCCAAAUACCCCUCUAGGGUUCAUAUUUAAUUUUUAAGUACACCUGGUUUUAGUCUCCAGAUUUCUAUACAAAUGCCAGUGAAUUCUGUCUUCCCUGGGCUCCUAAAUGCUCAAGUACAUCAUGUCCUGAUGGAAAGGGUUUGAAUUACACAAUACUGCCAUGUUCGGGAUAGUUUCCUUAGGCACUCUAAAUGUAUGUUUUGUUUGGCCAGCUCGUAUUUAAAAAAACUGAGCCAGUGUUUAGAUAUUUGGAGAUUUUUGUCCAAAAAUCUGGAUCCCAGGUGAGGAGAGCAGUGGUUUCCAGUUCUCUUCGGUCCACAUCAUUCACAAAAUAAAGGUGUGUGCACACCUAGAAAGCUGUAUCACUUCUCAUGGUACACAUUUGAAUCGACACUGACCAGCCCCACCCUGAUCUGGGAAUUAAUUUUGACCUAACCAAGGUCCCUUGUAAGAAACAUACAUUCAUAGUCAGUCUGUAGCUACAUAAUAUGAUUUUGACCCUUUCCUCUACAAGACCUGGUAUUAAGAUUUGAAGUUAGCCUUUUAUUGUACUGAGAGGGACCUCCUCUCUGUUGUCCUGGUUAACCCAAGCUUUUUUUUCUUACAGGGUUCCCCUCUGAUUACUGCCCUUUACUGCAAGUUUUUGUCAUGGUUAUUGGUCUCUCCAUAAUGCCAGCAUUUCCAAUGUUUGUAGAAUUUGCUAACGAGGACUUCAGUGUGAGAGACGAGAGUCCCAUUUGCAGUUAGGAAAUCUGUGUUCACACGGGCAAGAACAAAGAAUGAUCUUUAAUACUCCAUUGGAAACUUAAUCCACAAACAAGUAAUGUUUUAAAAAUGCUUUGAAGCUGCUUAGGUUCAGCCAAAUAAUUAGGAAUAUUAGAGAAGGACUAGUAGUGAGGAAAUCAGCUCUAUUUGGGUUUUGGAAGAUCUCAUCUCAUUGAGGUUUUAGGAGACACCCUGAAGUUUGGGAUCAGGUGGAACUUCUAGGCACCCUGUUCAGUGGGGGUGGGCUGGGAGUUAAGGGCAGUUUGGCUGCAAUAUCAUGGAAGCGCCAGGAAAAUCCAUGUGCGCUUUAGGGCUUGCUGAUGCCGUCCCAAUAGCUGUUGCUCAUUGACCUCUAGUGGUGGAUUUCUAGAAUACUGAUCCAUUCAUGGGCUUUUCAUAGUUUCAGAAGAGCUUUAUCACUUCUGGGUCAUUAUCAGCAUAAACUGGAAUGUAGUAUCAGUUGAUACUGUGGCCUGUUUUGUUUUUUUGUUUUUUGUCCUUAUUCAAGGUAAAAGACCAAGGAAUAACAUUCUGUAGUUCCUAAAUAUACUUUUUUUUUUUUUUUUUACUGCUACUACUACACAUAAAGGGAAAGUUUUAUUCUUUUAUGGAAACACUUCAGCCAUACUCAUGUAUUAAAAUAGGAAUGUGAAUGCUAUAUACUCUUUUUAUAUCAAAUGUCUCAAAAGCACUUAUUUUCAUUCUAUCCAAUGUGUGUCUUUUAUAUAAAUAAAAUGUUUUAUUAGAUUGAAUAAAGCAAAAAUACUCAGGUCAGCUUCCUGCUUCCCGUUCCUAUUCAUGGUAGCUAAAGCCAUUUGCCUCAAAAUCCAUUUUGCAGUUUGUGCAGAAAAAAGUCAUAAGACAAAUCUCCAACUUUUCCAUAUUUAUUGUCUCAGGUCCCUUUUUAAAAUAAAUGUUCACAGAAGCCCAAAAAUAUGAGAUGAAGCAGACGCCGUGGGCGGCCUGCCCUUCCCUCAUCUGGGUAUCCCGGCUCGGCUUCCCGCUGCAUAUGCACAAGGAGCUGCGGCCGCCAUCUUAGCCUCCUCCCAUGGCCACAGGACCUGCCUCCAUCUCCAUGGCAGCUUCUUCCGGGGAUUGUCCCAAUCAAGGCUGUUGGCCAUCUUUUCGACUCCUGCCGUGUAGCAUUCAUCUUUGCUAUUCCUUUCCAUCUCAGGCAUGGCAUGCAACGUGGUGCUUUCAGUCGGCUUAUCUGUGUCAUCAGAUGAACAGCCUGAGGGGUUUGGCUCCAGGAUGUUGCUUGGAGAGCUCCUUGUAACAUAGUGUAUGCAAUUUUUCUGCCCCUUUUUUUUCUGCCCUUUGAGCUACCUGUUUUAAAUUGCAGAGAACCUGUGGCUUCUGAGACCUUAACUGGGUCUGAAUAGUUAAGACUCUCAGAGAGUGCCCACAUUGGGAUUCCUCAACCUGAGCUCUGCUGACAUUUUGUGUUGAAUAAUUGUUCAUUGUGGGGGACUGUCCUGUUUAUUGUAGGGUAUUUGGCAGCAUCCCUGGCCUCGAUUCACUAGAUGCCGGUAGUGCUCUCAAGUUGCAACAACCGAAAGUGUCCGCUGGAGGGCAAAGAUCAUUCUCAGUUGAGAAUCACUGAGCUAGAUAAUGUGGUCCUGUAUUAUUGUGGACAUUAGUUAUAAUCCAGUCUUAACUAGUAGCUUGGUGAUUUUGGUGGUACUCAUUUUAAUGGUUACCUGCUCCUCCAUUUACCAGCUGUGUGACUGGGCAAGUUACUCAACCUCUCUCUGCCUUGGUUUAUUCAUGUGUAAAAUGGGGAUUUUACAGACCUCAUCAUAUGCAGGAUACUGUUGUGUUAAGGAAUACACACAAAGCUUUUGGAGUUGUGUUUUGCACAUGGAAAGACUUCAGUACAUAUUGACCAAUAUUAAGUUAGUUUACUAUUUGCUGUCAAGGGCUGCUUUCACAAAUAGGCAAACUUUGUGGUAAAUCCUAGUGAGCAUUACAACACAGAGAAUAGACACAUACUACAGACCUGAAGGAUGAGAAAGUUUCUGUUCUGUGUGAGUUUUGUUAAUCUGAGGAGAACUCUCACUGAGUAUCUGCUGUGUCAUCAGAUUUAAUCCUCCAUUCGUACCUCAAGGUAGAUAUACCUGUAUUACAGAUGAGGAAUCAGAUGCUCAGCACAAGAAAGAAGCCCAGGGUCUCAGAGAAGGCAGAAUCUGGGUGCAAAGCCAAGUUGACCUGGAACUGGAAUUUGGAAUGACUGAAAUGCUUUUCUCUACUUUACGCAGCCUCCUGAGGGAACUGACCUGCCCAGUGAGACAAGAGAACCACGCCAUGAUGAAAACAUGUCAGAACCAUGGUUUCAUCUCUCGCCCUAUCAGUGUGUUUGCUCAGGUGGGGGCAGGGGAGGUGCUCUUUCACCUCUGUUGCCUCAUCUUGUCCUCUUCUCACAUCAUAAGUGUUGUCAAAUUUUUGCUGAGAGAUCAAUGGAAAGAUGAGUGAAUGUGUGCAAGCAACGUUUCCUAAUGCAGUGUGUACUGGUAUCUGAGAAGACUUCGGAUUGUGCCAAACUUUUAAAAUAUUAUUUUAAUGCAUCUGUUUGUAUUUUAACAUGUAUUAGAAAAAAUAAUUAACACUCUUAAGUGUGGGGUUUCACAAAUAUUAUUGCUUAAAAUAGGCCACAAAAAUAACAAUUGAGUUGAUUUUUAAAAUUGAUUAAGUAGAUAAUGGUACUUAUCCAUGCUAGCUACAGGAGAUGUGACUAUGGAUGACUGAAGUUAGGGAGCCUCUCCUGAAGAAACAAAUUCAUGUUAAUCACUAACACUUCUUGAGCACUUAGUAAGUACCAUAAAUUUUUCUCUGUGCUUUACUUUAUUUAUUUAACCCUCACAACAAAUCUGUGAAGUAGUGUUACCUCCCUAUUAUAGAUGAGGAAACUGAGGCAGAAGCAAGGUCUUCUUAAGGGUCACACAGCUGGCAAUUGUAAGAACCAGGAUUCGAUUUGAACUCAAGCAGUCAGACUGGAGCACACACUCUUAUCCUGAACACAAGAGAUGAAGGUGGAGUUGGAGGGCAAGAGGUUUUGAGAUGCCAGUCUAAAAUACAUAGGAAGAAAAUGCAUUUGUACUGGAGGGGAGCGGUUGGCAAUCAGGGAACCCAGAGAGAGGAAGUUAUUCUUCAAAGGCACAUAGACUCUGGGCUCCAGACCAAGAAUUUCAGCCAAAACAGGAGCCAAGGUCUUCUGAUGCCUCUUCCAGGCUCCAUUUUGCUGGGGGUUAUUUCAGUUUUUGCUGCUGCAAGGUCAGGAGCAUUCUCUGUUGGCAGUAAGUCUCCCUGUGCCCCCAGCAGGGACUUGGUCCUUUGCACCAGUCAGCAGCAGCUUUGGAAUGCAGCCUUUCUUUGUCCCCCAGGAGUUUCUAUUUGGUGGUGGCUGUUUUCUUUCCAGCUCUCUAUGCAAAUGACAUGCUAAUGUUCUGGUCCUGAGAGAAAUCCCUUCCCUAGGUGACAGGGAACUUUUCAUUUAAACAAGUAUGUCCAUCUUUUUCACAAAAGCCACCGCAAUUGGCAUCUGCUCAUUUGGUUCGAUUUCCUCCUGAAAUAGGCUACCUAGUCCUUGCUUAUCACAUUUCCAAUAAUUUUUUUUUUUUUUACUUGGAUAAUAAUGGUGUCACACUAUAUGGGUUUGAAGCCAUGGCUUUCAGGCCUACUUUGCAAUCUGUGCUGAUAAAGAUAAGAUUAUGAACUUGCUCAUAUUACAUGGGCUGCCAAUCAGCCUCACCCAGUGUAAUUUAAUUCUAAUACACUUCCUGAUCUUCAGUGCAUUUAAAAAUAACUUGUUAAUAGUCUUCUUGUUCUAAUUAAGCUAAAAUUGCAUGGAAUGUGAAAUGCUUGGUUUCUCGCUUGUGUUUUCUUUCUCUCUCACUCCCUGUCCCCCAUGCACACAUACACAAACACACAGAGCUGAUCCUUCAAAUCACUUCUGCAUGCAGUCUGAGCAGCACAAAUGUUCCUGAAAUUAUCCUCAAAGUCUUCCUUGACCUCUUCCCACAAUGGUAGACACAGAAAACUAGUCCUGGCAUCACUGGGCAUCAAUAAAGAUGAAAUUUCUUUGAAAUCUCAUGUUUUGUCUAAACAUUCAUAACAAAGUGAUUAAAAUUGGGACCCUCAGAGCAAGACUCCUGGGUUCAAAUCCUAGCUCUGCCACUAAUUAGCUGUAUGACCUUGCAUGACCUUGUGCAAGAUAUUUUCAAGUGCCAACACUCUCAAUACCUGUGAAUAUGAGUUUAUUUUGAAUUAGGGUCUUUCCAGAUGUAUCCAAGUUAAGAUGAGGUCACACUGAAUUAGGGUGGGCCCUAAUCCAAUCUGACUGGUAUCUUAUAAGAAGAGGAGGAGAGACAGGGAGAAGAUGACCAUGUGAGGACGGAGGCAGAGAUUGAAACUGUGCAGCUACAAGCCAUGGAAAGCCAAGGAUUGCUGGCCACCACCAGAAGUUAGGGAGAGGCAAAGAAGGAUUCCGCCUGUAGAACCUUCAGAGAGAACAUGGUCAUGCCAAAACACCUUGAUUUUGGAUUUCUAGCCUCCAGACUGUGAAAGAAUAAAUUUCUGUUGUUUUAAGCCAUCAACUUUGUGGUACUUUGUUGCAGCAAUUCUGGGACACUAAUACAGUUUGUUAGAGUGUAAAAUGGGGAUUACGAUAGGGCCUACCUGGAAGAAUUAUUAAAAGAAUUGAGUUAAUUUUUUAAAAUGGUCAGAGCAGAGACUGGUGCAUAUAAGCAUUAGUAGUAGUUAUUAUUAAGGUUUUACAUUCUACUCUAAAAUGGAGCUGUGUUGUUGUAAUAUUUUUCUGGUAAAUUGAAUAUGUACCCCCAGGAAAAAAAAACAUGUUCUUAAACUUAAUCCCCUUCCUGUGGUUGUAUUGUAAAUAAGAUGUUUCAAAGAUGUCAUUUUUAGUUAAUGUGCAGCCAACUGAACCAGAAUGAGUCUUCAUCCUAUGGAUGGAAGCCUUAGUAAAGAGAGACCCAUGGGGAGGAGCCAGAAGCUGGAAGUCAAUGGAACCAGAAGAGAAAGGAGAGGACAUCACCAUGUGACAGAAAAGCCAAGGAACCUAAGGAUUGCUGGUAAGACAGAAUGCUACUGACCCCAGGAGGAAGCAAGCCCUCUAGCUUCCCAAACCAUGAACCAAUACACUUUUGUUGUUAAGCCAACCCAUUGUAUGGUAUUUGUCUUAGCAGCCGAGAAUCAAAGACAAUUUUUAAGAUGUAUUGUUCACAAAUUUAUGGGUAAAAUUGACUCUUGAAGACGAUGAGUUGUGUUUAUCCUGUAAUUGUAAGCAGGCCACCCCUUAUCCUUGUGUGCUGUUUUACCCAGUGUGAGUGGCAUGGCUGUGUUGGAAAAUGCAGAACCCUGUAAGAAAUGAAAUCUUGAGUUUUACUCCAGCUCCACCACCUGCCACUCCAUUCCUCCAUGACUUUUGCCCCAUCUGAACAAUCUUACCUGCACUUGCCCUCAAGAAAAAUCAAAUGAGACAAUAAGUGUGAAAACACAUUUUUUUUUAAAAAAAUGGAGGUAAAUAUUAUUAAUGCAAGGUAAAAUUUAUUAGAUUUUUGACAUGGAUAUGUAUACUGAAACUUUGCUGGAAUAUUAGAUCUUCAUUGAUUAAUUAAAAUGAUUGUCAACAUUUAUCAAGUACCUCUUAUGAAAGCAUUUUACAAUAUUUAUUUUACAUGUGUGACAUAUAGUUUUAUAUAUAUAUGUAUAUGUAUACAUAUAUUCUAAUCAUUCUGGCAACCUUACAAACUAAGGUUAUUUUCUCCACUUUACAGCUCAGGAAAUUCAGCAAACAACCCAAGUCUCUCUCAGUACAAAGGUAUCCACUCUUCUAAGCUGUUUUGUCCAUAUUUAUUUAUUUCCUUAUCUAAUAUACAUUAGUUUAAUGCAAAGUGGUGAACCACACCAAGACUCUUGCAUCUUGAAAGCAAGAACUAUGUUGUACUCAGCAUCAUAUCCUAGCGUCUAGCACAGAAUGGAGCAUAUAACAGUCUUUGAAUAAAUAUUUGUGAAAAAAAAGAAAUGAAGGCUCUUGGCCUUCAGAAGUUCAUGAUGCAGCUGAGGAGACAGACACAUACAAAUAAACAGUACAUGAUCAGGAUGUCCUAGUCGGUAAUGACUCUUACAAUGAAACAGCCUGAGGCUGAAAAUGCCUGGCUAUUUCUGCAAAGAGACUCUUAGUGUGAGCCUGACUGCAGCCCCACAUGCUGUCCAAAGGGACAUAGUGUUCUAGCUACCAGCACUGCCCCUGAGAGGAUGGCUUUCUCCUACAAAUCUCUUACAACUCUCUCUGUCAAGGAGCUUGUGUCAGCUUACCAGGGCUUCCAUUACAAAUUGAUGGUUUAAAACAACAGCAGUUUAUUACCUCAUAGUUGUGGAGGCCUAAAGUCUGAGAUCAAGGUGUCAGCAGGGCCAGGAGCCCUCCAAAGACUCCAAGGGACAAUCCAUUUCUUGCCUUUUCCAGCUUCUAGUGGUUCCAGGUGGUCCUUGGUGUCUCUUUGCUUGUAGCCACAUCACUCCAAUCUCUGUCCUUGUCUUCACAGCUCCUCUUCUCUGUGGGUCUCUUAGUGAUAUUUAACUCUGGCUAUAGGGCACACCCAGAGAAUCCAGGAUGAUCUCAUCUUGAGAUCCUUAAGUUAAUUACAUCUGCAGAGAAAAGACCUUUUUUCCACAUAAGGUCGCAUUCACAGUUUCCAGGGUUAGAAUGUAGGAUAUAUGGUUUGAGUGCCACCAUUCAACUUACUACAGAGCUUUAGCCAAUUUCCCUUGGCUGGAUUCUUCUGAGAUGAAAAGAUUCCAAGCCCAAGACUCUUCCUUGCCCACUUGAGACAUUCCCAAAGUUGAUUCUGAUGGCUUCACAAAGUUUACUUUGUUUCAUUGUCUAUUUUAAUGAAAAAAAUGGUGACUUUUACAUUAUACAAUAAUUAAAACAAUGGUUAAGGAUCACUGUUUAUUUUGAUGAGUUCACAUAUUUUUGGCAUAUCUCAUUUUUCCGAAAGUUAUAAUUUUCCCCCUCCAACAGGAUGGGGAUGAAAUGACGGUGGCAACCCUUUUCCCACCUCAACAGUUCCUGACACAAUGUGGGGAGCAAUUCAUGGCCCUCAAACAAUAUUAUGAAAUGGAUCACCACCAGCUAACUUAGAAAUGAACUAUGACUAUGGGAAUGCAAAUAUUUGCCUUAUUCCAAUGUCCCAUCUCAUUGCUUUGGCCCACAGGAAUACACUGGGUGAGAAUGGGAAGUUGGGUUCUAACCCAAGUCCUGUUACUAAGUUCUUUAGCUCCAUAAAUUUGGAUAUUUCAGUUACUAUUGAUGCAUUGUACCCAUUGCUAACUAUAUACAGUUAUCAUUGACUUACUAUACAAAUUACUCCAAAACUUGUGGCCUAAAGCAACCAUUUCAUAUUGCUCAACUUUUGUGGGUCAGGAAUUUGGGAAGGGCUUGGUAGGACAGUUCUCACUUGGGGUGUCUUCUGCCAUUGCAGUCAGAUGUUGACUGGGUCUGGAAUCAUCUGAUGGCUCAGCUGGGCUGGACAUCCAAGAAGCUUCACUCAGGCACAGCUCUGGUUGCGAGCUGAGGGCUCUGCUGGGACUGUCACUUAGAGCAGUUACGUGUGGCCUCUCCAGCUGGAAGUGUCAAAGCAAUAGAGUUCUUUCUGGCUUCCUCUAAGGUGAGUAUACCAAGAGAACCAUGUAGAGACUGCGUGGAUACUUAGGAUGAAGACAUGGAAGUCACCUAUCAUCACUUCUCCCAUAUUCUUUCAGAUCAAACAGUCAUGUGUCACCAGAAUUCAAAGAAAGAGAACAUAGACCCCCACAUCUCAAUGGGAGAAGUGACAAAGGAUUUGGGGCAAUGUUUUAAAACCACCAUAGGUACCUUAUAUUAUUGGUGCCUCAGUUUUCUUAUUUGUAAAAUUUGACCACAUACUCUCUAAGGCCUCUCUUGUACGUAUUGUCUAUGGAUUACUUUCCUUUAAUUAUCUUAUCAUACAGAACCUAUGUCAAUAUUCAUGUGCCAUCUCUUUUAUAUUAUAAAAUUAUAUGACUGUAUCACAUAAAAUUCAGAAGAAAAAUAAAACAGAAAAGGGGCUGUUUCAGUA